AUUCAACAAGUGUAUGUUUUGAACUUCUCAGAUGUCUGUCAGUGCCUACAUUCACACCAGUUGGCUCUGAAGCUUGGCUGUGCUGUACUGAUUCUUCUUGUCUUAAGUCUGAUUGGGCUCAGUAUUUUAGUGAGAAUCUUAAUACAAAAAUCAUCAGUAGAAAAAUGCAGUGUGGAAGUUCAAGAAAACAGGAUUGAAACAACAGAGAGACCAACUCCAUUCCAGUGCCCAAGAGACUGGCACUCACAUCAAGAUAAAUGCUUAUCAUUUUCUCAAGCUUCCGGACCUUGGAAUGAAGGUCUAGCUGACUGCUCUGCUAAGGAAGCCACGUUGCUGGUUGUUCAAGAUCAAGAAGAACUGACAUUCAUACAGGACUUGGGAAGGAGAAGAGGACACUUAUUUUGGAUCGGACUAAGUUACAAGUUACCAGAGAAGAAGUGGAGGUGGAUAAAUAGCUCUAUUUUACAUUCUGAUAUAUUACAAAUCGCAGGUGAAGCUAAAGAAAACAGCUGUGCUGUCAUCUCACAGACAAAGUCAGUUUCUGAGACCUGUUCUUCAGACAAUUAUUGGAUCUGUGAAAAGAAGUUAAAACCUGUCUGAAAUCAAAAGUGUCCUGACUCCUGACUGCAGAUCCCAUCUCAACCACUGUGCUUUCCUCACAGAUCUCUGCAUUCUCACUGUCUUACUUGGUCCUCCUAAUGCAUGUUCAGUGUCACAAAGCACAAACUCUAAACCACUGUGGCUCCUACAGACACUCAUGACCAGUUUCUGCAUUCUGUAAAUGAGGAUGCAGAUGGUGAUGCACCGUUCUAAGAGAGGUGUUCUAUGGAAGGAAGCCCAGGCCAGUUGAAGGAACUGGAUUCUAAUCUUGGAGUCCGUGUGUGGCCUUCACUGGUCUCUGUGCCUGAUCGCAUCUGCAGAAGAGCUGCAGCAAAGGUUUCCAAAGUCCUGUCAUUUGUUAUUUCCUCUGCCAUUGCACAGCAGGGUUUUAAACACUGAUUAAAGCCUUUGCUCUUGUUGUUGACACCAGAGGUCCAUAAUUAAGGGAGCUUGGGAAGGGUAGAGUUUGGUUUGAGUGACGCCUCAAAUAUUCAUGUUGAUAUAUAAUUACCACUGCAGCCAUAUUAAAAAAAGUAAGACCCCUGAAAGUCCCAGCAUCAUGAAUAGAUUGAUGCUGUGGUAACCAGAGUGGCCCUGGAUAAAACUGAGAUCUGCCCUUAUGACAUCUAACACUGCGGCAUGAUGUAUACCCUGGGCAGAUGCUGGCACCUUGGUGCUGGGCUCCACAGCUUCCAGAGCUUUGAGAGAUGAAUGUUCCUUCUCAGGCUUCUGUUAGGACAUCAAAAAAAUGGACUAAGACAAGGCCAGCGCUUCCUGCCAUUCCACAGGCCUUUCUAUUUUCUCAUUAUUUCUAUCUUCCACAUUUCUUUCAUUGGCUCACACACAAACUAUAAAGUAUGUAAUUAACCUUUCAUUAUUCUAGUAGAAAAUAAAUGACAUCUUUUCAGUUCUUCAGUUGGGGAAUUUAAAGUUUAAAAAUUAAGUGUUAGAUAGCUCUCCUGAAUGCUCACUUUUUCUAGACAUCUGCCAACUUUCUAUCGAAAUCAAAGGAGUAAGAAUAUUGAAUUUACUCUUUUUUUGAGACAGGGUCCCCCUGUAGCCUCAGCUGACCUGGAACUCACUAUAUAGACCAGGCUGGCCUCAAACUCACAGAGAUCUGCCUUCCUCUCUGCCUCCCGAGUUUGAAUUUACUUUAUACGGAGAUAUAAUAAAAUUUCUGUAAAAAUAGUCAUCUGUAUUCCCUGAUCCUUUAAUGCCAUACUGAAUCAUUCAAAUCGAAGGGCACACUGUCUUGAUCCAAAUAAAAUGUUAAUUCUUAUUUUCCAUGAAUAAAGAUUUUUUUCAGA